UAAACUAUGUUGCACCGGGACGGAUACGGGGACAGAUACUGGUACGGAAGCGGGGACGGGAAACGGCAAAACUAAAAAAUUAUGGGUACGGGUACGGCAAAUAUAUAUAUAUUAAAAAUAUAUAUAUGCUAUCCAUAAUGGACAAAAUAAGAAAAGAUUACACCAAAAUCUUAACAUAAAAAAUAAUUCAAUAUAUUAUUUUAAAUAAUAAUAAUAAAAACAAUAAUUAAACAUUUUUUUAAUCAAACUUGGGUUCAUCUAAUAAAAGUUCAUAAACUUAGAAACAAGAUUGAAAGUUAAAAAUACAGUUAAAAUUUUACUUCUUUUUAUUUUUUGGAAAAGGUAAAUGAAUUAGCUUAAGAUACAAUAAUAUUGAAAAAAAAAUAUUUCAAAUAUUCCAUAAAUGAACUAUCCCGUCCCCGAAGUGUCCCCGUGCUGUUUCUAUGGUGUUUCCGUCCCGGAAACGUUUCCGGUACGGGUACGUGAACCAAACCGCCGUCCCCGUGCUUCAUAGAUUAUAAAAGCAGACAUUGUUUGUAGUUUUUACGCUAGACUCUGUGUGACCCAACGAAAAAGUUAAAAGAAACACACAAGAAAAAAGAAUAAUAAGAAGAUGAAACUUAUAUGGUCACCGGAAACAGCAUCAAAGGCUUACAUCGACACCGUUAAAUCGUGCGAGAAGCUUGGAACGCCAGGACCGGCGGAGCUAGUAGCGGCUAUGGCAGCGGGGUGGAACGCGACUCUAAUCGUGGAAACAUGGUCCGAAGGAGAAACCAUAGCCAUAAGUGUUGGCUUAAAUGUAGCGAGCCAACACACAAACGCAAGACACAUGUGUAUUGUACCAAACGCAAUAUCAGAAGCCGCUUAUCUUCAAGCCAUGACACAACAAUAUUGCUCCACCUUGCCUGAAACAAUCAUUAUGAACGAGGAAGAAGAAGGAAACUCCGAGAACACGAUGCAGAUGCUGCAAGGAAUCGAUUUCUUGGUAAUUGAUUGGGAUCAAAAGGAUUUUGCAGCAAACGUUUUGAGAAACGCUGCGUUUGGUAGCAGAGGAGCUGUUGUGGUGUGCAGAAGCGGUUACAGGAGAAGCACGUCUUGUUUCAGUUGGACAAAAGCGUUUAGUGAUCGGAACGUUGUGAGAACGGUGACUCUUCCGGUUUCUGGUGGUCUAGAAAUUGCUCAUGUGGCUGCAGCAAGAAGCUCUGGGAAGAAUGAUAACAACAACAAGAGAAAAUGGAUCAAACAUAUUGAUCAAAGAUCAGGAGAAGAACAUGUUAUUAGAAAGUAAAAAAAGAAAUAUAAAACAAUAUAGACAAAGUGUGUAAUGAUAUGUUUGAUAUUUUUAUGAGAGUGAUUUGUACAGAAAGCAAUUGUUAUUGGAAGAUUUGAUUGUUGUAUUUAGGGCUGGGACUUCGGAUAUUCGGUUCGGGUUCGGAUAUGAUCCGAUCGGGUCCGAGUUUUCGAUAAAUGAAUUCUAUACCCAAUGAGUACUUAGUAGAUUUCGGUUCGGGUUUCGGAUCGGGAACUACCGGUUUCGGGUCGGUUCCGGAUAUCCGU